AUGGCGGACACAGUCGAAGAGACCAAGAACUCGGUCGCGGGAGACGGACAGGCCAAUGCCAACGCAUCACUAGGAGGAUCUGGCCAGGCUGAAAGCACGAGUAAGAAAACCGAGAAAAAGGCGCCGAAGAAGUUGGGCAACAAGAAGCCUCAGCAGCAACAGCCCACUCCUGAAGCCACGCCCGCCCCCGAUAGUGAUGCUGAAGGAGAGGCUGAGCAAGAGGACGCAGGACGAAAAGAAUCGACCAACAACGCCGAUGCCGAAGACUCGGAGCCUGAACCCCAGCCACAGAAGUCUCAGUCAAGACGUCGCCAGUCUCGUGGCCGUGGACGACGAGGCGGUGAUUCCGACUCGGAGUCUGUCGCCCGCUCCGACGUCUCUGCUUCCGGUGGCCGUCGCAACCGCCAGCGCCAGAAGAAGCAGCAGCAGCAGCAGGGCGGCAAAGGCGGCCCCCUCGGCGACAUCAGCGAGAACGUCCCUGGCGGCGAACUCGUUGGCGGCGCAACCGACAUGGUGCAGAACACGGCCGGCAACGCUGUCAACCAGGUCGGCAACACGGCCGGCCAGGCUCUCGGAGGCUUGACUGGCGGCGGCGGCGGUGGUGAGGAGGAGGGCGACAGCAAGGGCGAGCAGCUCCGGUUGCGAUUGGAGCUUAAUCUGGACAUCGAGAUCCAGCUGAAGGCGAAGAUUCACGGCGACCUCACGCUUGGGCUGCUGUAA